CCGUACUUUGAGUUUGCAAGGUAUUCGGGUGUUCUUCCGCGAGACUCGAAGCCGCCAUUGUUCAUUUCCAGCUCAGCUUCCUCUUCGUCUUCUUCGUUUCAAUUCCAACACUUUCUUCUUCUUUUUCCAUUUCACUUCCACCGCCAGAUCCGCCUGCUAUACAUUCUUACCUUUCAAUCUCCAGGGAAGUUGAUGAUGCUCUAUCGAUUUCUUAAUUUCUGAAAUAAGUUUCAAUUAUGGCGUUUCAUACGAGUUCUCGUUCAAUUUGUUUGUGGAAUUCUGGUAGUUUUUCAAUGCUAUGCGAAAUACACUGAGUGUUCAGUAGCCGAAGUUGUUUGACGGUUCUAUUUCGCGGUCUGCCUCCAGUCAAUUCUUCAUUUGGUGGCAGACUCUAGGGUUUCUGUGAAUCUUCUCAUUUGUUGUCGGGAUCAGGCUUCUGAAGCAGCAACAGAUAAUUUGUGCACGCACCUUGGUUAUCAAUUUUCAGAAUGGGGGAAGUGGUUCCUAUCUACUACAGCAUUAUUGCGUUUAUUUGCACGGUUGGAGCCAUUGCUCUGGCAGUUUUUCAUAUCUACCGGCAUCUUUUGAACUAUACGGAACCUACUUAUCAAAGAUAUAUCGUGCGGAUCAUUUUUAUGGUCCCGGUUUAUGCACUGAUGUCCUUCUUGUCUCUUGUUUUACCUUCGAGUUCAAUCUAUUUUAAUUCCAUACGGGAAGUCUAUGAAGCUUGGGUCAUUUACAAUUUUCUGUCAUUGUGUCUGGCAUGGGUUGGUGGUCCUGGAGCUGUUGUAAUAAGUUUAAGUGGUCGUGUAUUAAAGCCAUCGUGGUACUUGAUGACAUGUUGCCUUCCUCCACUACCACUAGAUGGGCGUUUUAUACGGAGGUGCAAGCAAGGCUGUUUGCAAUUUGUGAUUCUGAAGCCUAUAUUGGUUGCUGUUACACUUAUUUUGUAUGCGAAAGGGAAGUAUGAAGAUGGAAAUUUCAAUCCAAAACAAUCAUACCUUUAUCUCACCAUUAUCUAUACUCUCUCAUACACAAUGGCUCUUUAUGCUUUGGCGUUGUUUUAUGUGGCAUGCAAAGACUUACUUCAACCAUUUAACCCGGUCCCGAAGUUCAUCAUCAUUAAAUCUGUUGUCUUCCUGACUUACUGGCAGGGCGUCCUUGUGUUUCUUGCUGCAAAAACUCAAUUCAUCAAGAGUGCAGAGGAAGCCGCUCAAUUUCAAAAUUUCAUUAUAUGCAUUGAGAUGCUUAUAGCUGCUUUAGGCCAUCUUUAUGCAUUCCCAUACAAAGAAUAUGCAGGAGCUAAUAUUGGCGGUUCGCAUGGUCUCACGGGAAGUCUUGCACAUGCCGUAAAAUUGAACGACUUCUACCACGACACGGUCCACCAGUUUGCACCAACUUAUCAUGACUAUGUUCUUUAUAAUCAUAGCGAUGGAGAUGAAGGAACAAGGAAGUAUCGAUCACGCACCUUUGUGCCUACCGGGCCUGAGAUGGAUGCUGUUAGAAGAAACAAACACGUGUUUGGAAACAAGAUAGAUGACAUUCAGCUUUCCACAAUCUCGUCUUCAAGUUCAAGUACUCCGAAUGAUUCCGAGUUAGCCCUCGAACCAGCACAUUCCGAUGCAAUGAAGUCUUCUCUUCUUAUGGAUGCCGCAAACUCUUUAUCCACACCAUUCGACAUGUCGCUUAUCGACUUGGAUAUGUCUAGUUACCCCUCGAAAGUUGCUGCAGCAGACGACACGGAGAGGAGGUAACGAGAAUAGUGGACAGGUAGGGGAAGAAAAGAAAGAUCUUACGUGAAGGGAAUACGUAAAGAAAGAAAGUUACAUAUAGAGAUUUUAGGGUGUACCUUUCGUUUCUGGGACGUUUGUGCACAUUGAUAUUGCAGCAUAACCGAAAAUCGUGUACAAUGGCGUGUUUCUCCGACUCGGUGGUGUAUAUACAUGGUUCUAAUUUGUUAAAAAUUAGGUGUGAUACACCAGCAUGCAUAUAAAUUCAUUUAAAUUAUCAUACUGAUACUUUGCGACAUGUCUAAGUUGAAGAUUCAUGUUUGUAUGUAUUUAGAAAUGAUUAGUUUUCUUGGUGUGUUGA